GGCAACAUGGCGUCCACUGACGUUCACGUCCGAAUAUGUGAACAAGAAAUAUUAAAAUAUGACUUAGAAGUCAAAGCUCUCAUCCAGGAUAUAACUGAAUGCAGAGGUCCUCAGAGCAAUCUGACUGAACUGAACACCAAUGUGAAAACAAGUUUGCACAAUCUACGACUGCGUAUACAAGAUUUGGAGCAGAUGGCGAUGGAGCAAGACAAAGAGACAGACAAGCUGGCCUUGAUCAGUCAGGUAGAAGGACACAGGAAACAGAUGCUGAGCAACCAGACUGCUUGGAGGAAGUCCAACCUGGCAAGCAAAUUGUCAAUCGACAAUACGGAGAAGCAGGCGCUCCUUAAAGGAGGUGAUAGUGGCGCGAGACAGAGGAAGACAACCAAAGAGGGCCUGGCCGAGACAUCCAGUACCAUUACACAGAACUUGAUGAACAUCAGUCGAAUGAUGGCUCAGCAGGUUAACCAGAGCGAGGAGGCGAUGACAACACUAGCUACCUCAUCCCGAACCAUCCAUGAGACCAAUGAUGAAUUUAAGACCAUGACAGGGACCAUCCAGCUGGGGAGGAAACUUAUCACCAAGUACAACCGCAGGGAGCUCACUGAUAAACUGCUCAUCUUUCUUGCACUGGCACUCUUCUUCGCCACGGUGCUUUACAUCCUGAAGAAGAGGAUCUUUCCUUUUUUUUGAGAAUGCUAAAAUGAUUUCAAACAUCCACUAUGAUCUAUUUUUCUGCUUUCUGUUUUAAAUGCAAAAAAAAAACAUUAAUAAAACAAAACCACAUAUUUGGCAUAGAUUAUGUAAACAUUCGUGACAGGCCUCUCAUUGCAUUCCUGCUGUGGGAUUUUCCUGCAAAUAAUAACUUGAUAUGUGUGACACUGACAGAAAGAUAAAGUCCAUUAUCUCUUAUUCUAAUGGGAAUCGUUCUUGCAUAUCACACUCAAAUUAGAGAACCUGUCAUCAAAUACGUGCAGAUUGAUACAAUGAAAUGGCUAAUGCAAGUCCAAUAUAAUAUUUAAAAUAAAUACAAAUAUAAUAGAUAAUAUCAAGUCAAAAUGUAAUAAUGAAAAUUAGUUAUUUUAAUUUUUUUUCCAUUUGUAAAAUGUUACACUACUACUUACGAUGCGUUACUUUUAAUUUACUGUUGCGUCUGACUCUAAUACACCGAUGCCUUCAACAAGAUAAUGUCAGAACAGCUUACAAAUUAAAUUAGCAUCAGAAACUUUUGUUUUUGAAUAUUUUUAUUUCUUCAAUUAAAUAUUAAUUUCAUCAUGGGUAACACUGUUUAAUGAGGCUGGUCCUUCCUUUCUUGCUUCAGUCUUAUAAGACUUUGACUCUCACGGUUCCACUGUAUAUUGCUUAUGUAUUUUAAAGCCAUCCAAAUAUCUUUGUACCUUAGUAGCAUUCAGAAAGGUACACAAUACACCUGUUCAUCACUUUACUUGCGAGCUAUGUGCUUAGCUGUGCCGCCACAAGCACAUAUAUGGCCGAGACAGAACAGCACGCAUCCCUGUCUUUCUUCAGAUAAGACCCGGAAAAGCAAACUAUCCUGCCCGUUUUUUCCCCUCGCCAAUGUGGGUAGAGGGUGAUGGGAGGGGGAUAUUUUUGGUCUGUGUGGAUUUGUUAUCUGACGUUGCCUUUUCAGCACCUCAUAGGAGAGCGUGUCCAGAGGAGCUGCAUGACCUCGCUAUACGUACUAUAGUCGCCUCACAUUGCAUUGUCAUUUUAAUAAAUGCCCGAUUGAUGAUUGAAAUGUGGCAUUCAUAAAUGAGGGAGAGGCGGUGUUCAUUGUUGACUUAGAGUAUCUCACAAAAGUGGGUACACGUCUUGCAUUUCAGUGACUUUUAUUACAUCUUCUCAAGGCACAAUACAGAAAUGAAACCUUGACAGCGUUUAUAGUAACCGUCAGCCAUUAUUGUCUAAAUAGCUGGCAACACAAGUACUGCAUGCCCAAAUUGUGUCCAAAGUAUCAAUAAUGUUAUCUAGAACUUCCUUAAUCCUCUUGGCCAUGAAUGCUCUCUGCCACUUUCCU